AAAGAAGGAAGACCACACGUCUUGUUUCUGGAACUGGCAUGGCAUUAGAUAUGAGAUAAUUAAAUUGAAUCAGAAGAAUAACACUAUAAUGUCCAAAAAUAAUUGGAACCAUCCAACUGAUUUAGAAGAACCAGGCACAAGUAAAGAUGCAACAGACACAAGUAAAGACAUGGCAGACACAAGUAAAGACACAGCAGAGUCAAGUAAUGAAGUAGAGAAAAGUUAUGGGGAAGAUGGAGAAGUAGAGGAAAUGGAUUCCUCAGAACUGGUGCUCUCACAUCAGGAGGCCAUGUCAAAAGUAGAGGCAGCUAUUGAUGAUAUAGUCUCCAAAGAUCCCCUUCUAUAUGACCUUCCACCAGAGGUGACCUUGGAGGAAAUAAAUUCCUUUAUUGCCCUGGAGCAUGGUCAGGCUAUAGUGGUUAAUGUCAGAAGAGCUGAUGGAGAAGUCCUGUCUGUGGUAGUGGUUCAGAAUGGCACUGUCCUUGACCUUAAACAUGCCAUUAAACGUCACAUGACCUUGAAGCUGUCUCGCAGCAAAGGAAAGAAGCACAUCAGUUGGAAGUAUAUUUGGAAAAGAUAUUGGCUGUAUUUUGAAGGGCAGAAACUCAAUGAAGAUAAGAAGCCUCUAAAAGAAUAUGGCAUCAGAAACCGAGAUGAAGUGACAUUUAUAAAAAGACUAAAGGAAAGGUGACAAAGUGAAAAUACUUUGGAAGCAUUCAAAAUAACAAUACAUGUCUGACCAACUUGCUGCCUUAUUUUCAAGGGAAACAACUCUAGUGUCGGACAAGAGCAGUCCCAAGCUCCCUAGGCAUUUGUGUGCCCACCAGUGGACAUGCUUUUAUCAUGGCACUGCUGAUAUACAUGUACAUUGUAUUGUGUAAUCUGUAGGAAAAAUACAUGUAUUAAAAUUCCAGAUGUAUAUUAUUACAGAUUGCUUUAUUACAGUGAUUUGUUAGC